AUGCAUGAAGAGGAUGAUGGCGUAAAACACUCGCCUCAUAGGUCAUCUCUACCCACCGUACCAUCUUCUAGUCCCUUUCAGACGCUCAGAGUCACGAAAUCUGGCGCCACAAAUGGCAGCAUCUUUCUUCCUAAGAUAGAAGAUGCACAAGCUUCUUACAACAUAAAACAAGGCCAAUUUAUCGAUCCUCGGUAUCUACUAGGACAUACCACUAUCAAGCAGUUGACUCCUUACUCUACUGCAACACUAUUCAAAUCCAAGGACCAGCACAAUCAUAACGGCGUAGUGGGGUCAUCAAAAGAAAUACGUAUAGUAAACGGUUCUCCCUUAGCCGGGAACCCGGGGGGGUUUCCUGCGACGCUUCCAUAUACGCCUAAAUCAAUCGAUGAUUCUUGGAAUUCGAGUCACGGCAAUCUAGUUGGCACAUUAGUUGUUGGGCGACCCACCAGCCUAACACAUCUCACCACAUUAGGUAACGCGCAUCCCUGUAACGGUGCUGGCAACGACAACGCGAUUCUAGGCAAAUCGUCUAAACCGGAUAAUCCGAAUGCCGACACCAGCGACGACGCCCAAGAUGAAUAUCCCCUUGACAGCGACUCGAUGGAGGAAGAUAUGGUCUAUCUUCUCGGAACGGCCCUUGAGAACGUCCAAGAGGCGCAUAUACCCCCUUCUAGCGUUGCUCAGGCAUGGGAUCGUGACUCGAGGUCGGCAGUUGAAUAUGACUCGACUCUACAACACUCGUCCCCAAACGAACUAAUUGCUUCGCAUAUAGUAGACGUGGCCGAGAACCCUAACAGCAACCAUGAUGAUCUUCUCGAUGAAGAUGUCGACUGGAAUGUCGUAUAUACCAUAACGAGCACAGUUCCGAACGGCGCAUCGAGCACUAACCUCCAAAAUACAGCUAAUCCUUUGCUACAAGGGCAAAUCGCUCGCACGGAGAAAAUUGUUGAGUGUGAUGCUCGCGCUGAGGACACGACGCCCUUGAAGCCAUUUGUGCGACCGCCUUUCCCUGCAAAGGUCCGUGAUCGUUCUGUCGUCUCGGAAUUGUCGCCGCGUACGGUGUUGCGGACCUGUUUUCGAAUAGGAGAGUUGGUCAACCAGGCGAUACAUUGUUUAAAUCAUCGGCAGGAUGUAGUCUUCGAGCUGUUCGCGAGGUUUAUUGAUCUAUUUAAGGAUCAGCUUCCAUACCCGGCGGGAGUCCUCUCUAACUGGCGAGUAGGUACACAGUUGGAUCGCCAAAGUGCGGCGUUCCUAGAUACGAGGGCGGAGCCUAAAUUAUGCCGUUGCGUAUGCAAACCCAGGAGAGAUCCAAAGGUCGCAAUCGGCCUAACUCUUGUCGUUACUGCCAUCAGAGAGAUUGAUUGGGCACAUAUCAUAUUGGCCAAAAAGACAGUCUGUAGAGGAUCGGAUGAUGCAGCCCGAGAUAUUUGGGCUGAUGUAUGGGUGGAUAUGUAG